UUGUAAAGAAAGAACAACAGAGGUACCCACACGCUCUCACACGCGCGCCAGCGGCAUACACACGCUUAUCAAGAGCCUUUCUCUCAAUUUUUUUCUCUCUUUGUUUUUUGUUUUAUUUUUCUUUGGUACACUCUUAUAUUUCUUUUAAAUUUUUUUCUUCCAUUUUGCUAGGCUCAGAGAAUGAAGAAGAAGGGAUAAGGAAACAGCAAAAGGAUUGAUCUUUGUAGAAAAAGGGUUUGAGCUGUGACAUGGGCAAUGUUCAUUUGAACUGAGAGCAUCAAAUUUUGAGAGAUUUUUAGCUGUUGGAGCUUCUUUUAACUGAUUUUUGUUACAACCCAUUUUCAGAAAAUUGUGAGGGGGAAAAAAAAUCUUUUUUUACUACAUAGAUUUCUUGCUCUUCCCUUCCCUAUCCGACAAAAUCUCAACUUGGGUUUUUUCUGAUUGUUUUUGGCAAGGUUGAAUUAGAGAGAAAACAUUGCUUUUUUCUCUUCAAAAGUUUAGAUUCUAGUGUUGUUUUGAACUUUAAUGCUUGUUUUCCUGUUUCCUUUCCUUCUUAAAAAUCUUUAGAAUUGCUUAAAUCUUGCAAUAACGCAAGUAGAAGAAACAAACAAGUGAGCCCCUCUUGGGUUUGUUUCUUCUAGAUUUAGCAAUCUGCCCGUUUCAUCAUUUCGCCUGAAAUGGUGAAGGAAAACCCUAGAAGGACCUUAGUGCAUUUGAACCUUGUUGCUCUCCUUAUCUUCUAAAGUUGCCUCUUUCCAUCUUGAAGAGGGCAAAAGAUUACAAGUUGGGUUCUGCUUCUUUUGGCUGUAGGAGUCGUCAAAAAUGGAGAGCAAAACUCCUAGAAAAACCCUUGCUUUCAUCUUCAUUUUCUUCUUACUGCUUGUCCAGAGCCCGAAACCUUCCUAUUCUCAGUCUCUGCGCUCAAAUCCAACUUCCUCUCAAUCACCAAAACCUUCCUCUCAAUCCAACAUUGAUCACAAAACCCAACCUCACAUUCGCCGAAUCCUUCUCGGGCUCCUCUUUGGGUCCCUCACCGGUCUCUUCGCCUCCAUUUUCUUCCUCCUCUUCAUUAGGCUCUUCCUCUUCUUUGCCAACCGCACCCCACUUCUCAAAGGCCCUGUAAGCUUCUCCACCCAAAUUGCCCCCAAAACCCUCCAACUUGCCCUCUUGAACCAACCCCAAUCCUCCCAAUCACUCAAUUCAAACCCCAAUGCUAACUAUUUCAGGCUAACCCUUGACAAUGAGCUUGUUGUCGCUGUCAAAUGCCUCGAACUAUACACCCCCAGUACAUCCCCUAAUCAAAAUCCCAAUUCUAUGAGGUCCAACUCCGCAAAGAGAAAGAUGCAAAGGGAGCUUGAAUUGCUCGCCAGAGUGAAGAACCGGAAUGUGAUGAGCUUAAGGGCCUAUGUUAGAGAACAGGAUCGGUUGUUUUUGGUGUACGAUUAUAUUGCCAGUGGGAGCUUGGAGGAUGCAAUGAAGAGGGUGAGGUCAGGUCAAUUGAGCCUUGGAUGGGAUGCAAGACAUCGGAUUGCAGUUGGCAUUGUGAAGGGGUUGAGGUAUUUGCACUUUGAGUGUAGCCCAAGGAUCUUGCAUCAUAGGUUGAAGCCAGGGAAUGUGAUUUUGGAUGUGGGUUUUGAACCGAGAUUGGGGGAUUGUGGAUUGGGGGGAUUGCUUCCUGCUCGAGUCGAUGCUUUGGGCUGUGAGUGUUAUGUUGCUCCAGAGUGCUUCCAGAGUUGCAGGGCUCGUGAAGCCUUGGACAAAGCUAUUCUAGGCGAGGAAAUAGAGGAAGAGGAAAUGCUAAUGGCAAUAAGAAUUGCCCUAGUUUGCUUGUCGGAUCUCCCCGCUGAUCGUCCAUCAAGCGAUGAACUUGCUGCCAUGCUCACACAACUCCAUAGCUUCUGAUGCCCAUUCCUUCCAAUUUAUAAAUCAAAUUUUGUGUAGCUUUGAUGUUUAGGGUUUAUGGGGGUUUAGGUUUCGGUUUUCCUAAGCUAAUGUGAAUAUUUGCAAUGUCUUUAUUGAGCGGUAUCGCCAAAAUUAUUGCUUGCCUCUGGUUAGAGGUUAAGGUGUCUCAAUUUCAAUCCCGCUGAUCUUCAGAGAGGAGCUAUUUAGAUUUCUAUCCACUAUCCACUAGGUAGUCAGUGCAUUAAAUACUAAAACUGUUUACCUUUGAAUCAGUAAAAAAAAGGGGUUAUAUAUUGCCA